UUUUGUAUUUGCCAUCAUAACAAUGUAUAUACAUCUCAACCAAGAAUAGCCAAUCAAACUGUAAACAAACAAAACACUUUUUUCUCUUCUUUCGACAAGCUAAAAGAAGUCAUCAAAAGGGAGAAAAAAAGUCGUCAGCUUAGAGAAUUUAUGCAAAACUUCUUGAUCAAGAAUUUCAAUUGGAAUGAAAACAUUAAAAUCGAUUUAAAAGCCGUUUGCAUAUGGUAUAUAACAGCUCUUAAGAGCGGCCAAUGAACGAAAACAAAACACACCGUGUUGAGAAUGAGAGAGAGAGAGAGAGAGAAUGAGGAGAAACAACAGAGAAGCGACGACAAAGAAGUCGACUGACAACUCUCAAAACAAUGGAUGUGUGAUAUGCCGGUUAGCACAGAAGAUGAGCAUCAAACGUCAACAUCACGCUUCAAAAUUGUAUACAUAAAUUCGAGACAUUUAAAACCUAUUAAGCCGACUGAAACAAAACCGUUCUGACGAAUGAGAACUACGAGAUACGCGCAUACUUGUUUUGAGUCGAGUUUUUUUUUCUGUUUCAUAUUCGCUUGAUCGGAAUAAAGUUAAAAUCAAUAGUCACCUACCUCCUACUUUAUAUUAUAAUUUCAAAUGGACCGCGAUAAAUUCAAAGUGAAUUUUUUACUGAACCUCAAGUCGAGAGUUGUCAAGUAUUUAAAAGCAAAUAAACCAUAAAUAUAUUAAGUGAGAGAGAGAGAGAGAGAGAGAGAGAGAGAGAGAGAGAGAAAAAAUCAUAAAAAGCGCCAUUUGAUCGCUCGCCAAGUUGGCCAAAUCUCAUUGAUUUGUAUUGCUGCUGCUGCUUCUGUUGCUUUUGCUGUUGAUUCUGCUAUCACAGUGUAACAAUGCGGUGUAAAUUUGUCCAUGAACUGAAGAUCCGAACAAAAAAGCGCCCGAACGGAACAGUGGCACUGUUCAGAGAUUUUUUCUUUGGUUCGGCAUUAAUUUUGUCAAACACAUUUCCGUUCGAUCGCACAUCAAACGAUCAUUCAUCGAAUUACUUUUUACCAUAAUUUCCAAAACAUGGAUUUCUCUUCUGACAAUUAUGAAUAGAUCGACCGAAUACAAAGCAAGCCAUAACAAAAACCAAAUUUAUGAACAAACUCAUCUGGUUGUUCCGUUCUCGAUUUUUUCGAGUUUACUAAAAAAUAUGACAUCGAUUUUAUGAGAGCGCACAAAAAAAGAACUAAACGCAACCAUUUCAAACGCACCAAUUUUUCUCAUGAAACAAUCCCGAGCCAAGAUUGAAUUCGAUAAAGUAAAAACAGACAAAUGAACUUCGUGUUUAAGCAAACGAAGACGAAAAAAAAACAACAACAAACAUUUAAUGAAUAAUUUGGAAAUGAAAUCAGGAAAAACAAAAAAAAAAUAUGUAUAUAAUGACAAAGUAGAACAUGACGAUAGAGAGCGAGAGAAGAGAAUCGACGAGAAUCACAUAAAAUUCAAUUUCCCAACCGAAAAAAAAGCAACAACAACGAAAAGAAGCAAUAAAAAUCACAAUGUGAUGAAAAUCGAUUUAAAUGCUGGAUAAAAUGGCCGAAGAAAAAGGGAGAGAGUGAGAACGAAACACGUCAACAUGAAAAAUAGAACAAGAUAAUAAGUAAUGAUCGUUCUAUGAUCGACAUUAGUUGACUUGAGGUAUUUGAAGACGCGAUAACAGCAUGGAAAUGCGAUUAAACAACGGGAUUUUAGUUAUUUAAAUUGAAAUCACGACCAUUUUUGGGCAUUUAGACGAGAAUUUAUAGGUAAUUUUUUUUUGUUUUUAUCUUUGAAAUGGAAAAGAAAUUAAAAACAUUCGAAGAGAAAUCGGUAAUUGUUUGUUUUUCAUAAGCCAAACGGGAAGUGUAGAAGAAGAAAUUGGUGGUUUUGGGGGGGAAGUUUUUGCUAUUUUUAGACGGAAAUUCGAUGAAAAAUUGCGACAUAAGUGCAAAGGGUAGUUAAAAACACAUUUCUCUAAUGAUUUUGUCGAAUGGCUGCUCGAAGGGGAAAUAUUUGUGGUUUUUUUUUUUUUUGAAUAAAUAGAAGUCAAAGUCACUCGGAAAUCCGCCUCUAGAUCUUUUAAAUCGUUGAAACUCACGUAAAUUUCUAAGCGGAAAGACGAUCAAAACGAGUCGUUGUUGUUUUUUUUUUAUUAUAACUGAACAUAAAAAAGAACCAACUAAAUCCACGUUCAAACGAUCGCUUGUUAUUUGAACAUUUUCGAACACGAAUCACCAUUGGAGUGAAGAUAGCAAAUCAACCUGGAAAUCGAAACAAAGGAAAAUAAAUAAAAAUGUGUACAAUAACAUAAGUCAGUUGUAGCUAUAACAGCAGCAGUCAGGGCUGAUGAAUGCACUUCGUUCUUCAUUUUUCGUUUUUUUUUCUCGUUCGUUCUUGUUCUCUCGUCUCUUCUGGCUGCGUUUUUUUUCUCUCUGGUGUGUGUGUGUUGUUCAAUUUUCGUUUAUUGUGUGAUUUCACUUUGCACUAUAACAACCGACCUCACCGAACAUCUACAAAAUAGAGCUCAACGCGAACGAAAUUAAUACAAGUUGUAUUAUACAAGCAACGUCUGAUGUGUAUUCCAAAAGAGUCAAGCCGAAAAUUUAUAUUUAAAAAAAAAAAGUAACCAUCGAAACGGAAUCGUUAAUAAGAUGUAGUAGAGAUAUUAAUGCGCUGCCGUAAAAAGAGGAAAAAAAAGGGAGACGAAACAAGAGAGAAAAAGAGAGUGAAAUGAAAUGAAAAAAGAAGAACAGAACAGAACAGAACCGCGCAGAAUACGCAUAUAUACAACACCGGUGCAUCGGGGUUUAGUGUCGAGGUUUUACGACUAAACCGUAGAUCGAUUGCAGCCAUCGUAGCUGUCUUCUUCCUCAGCGCGUCUCGCUGUUAUUAUUCAAUUUAUUUUUUUUCUCCUUUCCACCUUCUCUCCGUCUGUUUGCGUUGCAUACGAAUUCGAAUCGAUGGUGUUUUUUGUCGUAACUUUUUCUUCUUCUUCUUCUUUGUUCGUUGUAACGCGUUCUUCUUGCAAUACACUUCUUUGCCUCUCUCAUAACUUGUGUAACGAUUUUUUUUUGUCUGUUCUUUUUCUUUUUAUUCUUGGUCUUCGAUAUAUAUGCAGUUUGUGCGUGUAUUUGAGCUGAUGCAUCGUGCGUAUGUGUUUGUGUGCGUGUUUGUGUGCGUGUUUGUGUGUUGAAAAUGCAUUUGCUAUGGCAUAAUGACGAAGACGAAAAAACUCCUUAACAAAAAAUCUAUUCAAUUUUGAGCGUUUCUCUCGUUCGAGCGCAACAAAAACUCAACAAACCAACAAAAAAUAAUCAACGAACAAGAGAAGAGACCAAAUGAAACGAAGAAGUAGAAGAAAAUGAAAAGAAACACAACAAAACAGUCAUGUGUUUAUGAAGCAUUUCCAUUUUGGUUUACCUGCACGUAUGACGGUGUGAGUGGUGAACGCGCGCGCGUGUGUGUAUGCGUGUUUAUUUAUAUCUGUACACGAUGUAGAUGCGUAUGAGUGUGUUGCGUGUAGAGUGGAAGAGCGGCUACCUGAUUUGCUUGGCACUGACUAACAACAGUCGACAUAUGCACACUGUGAGCAACGGCCAGUUUUUGCUGUUUCUUGUGUCGUCUCUCGAUUAAAUUUAUUUACCUUUUUUUUUCGUUGGAGCGUCACAAACAAUUCUGGUGUGUGAUUUUCGAUGCAGUUCGUUUUUUGCCGUUAUUCAAUCGUUGUGAAUUUAAUGUGAAUUUUUCAUUUUUCAUCGAAAUAAAAUAUUAUUUUUUGUUCGGUUAUUUAUUUGAAGAAAAAAGGUGACAAAAAUAAUAGAUGUGAACUCCUGUAUUUUAGGAAUUGUAUAAGAUUGCAUGUGAGUGUGCGUGCAUAUGUGUGUGAAGCAAUUUGUUGGGCAUUGAGAAGGAAACCCGAAUAUCUUUCUGGAUUAAGGUGGAAUUAAGGAAGAAGAGAAAAAAAAACGUAGCAGCGAAUCAGUCGUUUUGGGAACGUUUAUUUGGUGAAUAGCAGCAGAGCCCUUUGGUUCAUUGUUGAUGCGAUCACACAGGUGGUUGAUCACAUCAAAAAUGUGUGCUUUACACUGUUAAUUAAAUCAAAAAAAAACCGGACGUGAGCACAAACAGAGUGAGUGCGUGUGUGAAUUGAAAAUGUGCAUGGCGAUAAACACAGGAUUUAAACAAAAAUUGCCGCAGUUUCAUUUCUGCCGCUUCACCGCCACCACAUUUUGAGUGAAUAGAGAAAAAGAAUAGUGUGUUCUUAGCUGCAGCCAUUUCGCCCACAUUCAAACGUGAUCUCAGUCAAUGAAGUGUGAUUUCGAAGUAUUUGUACAAUCAUUGACUUUAGUCUAAAAAAAACGCCGCAGCUACAUACUGAACCAUUGAAGAUUAAAAUUUUUCCUAUUCCAAAAUUGGAAAAAAAUAAAAAAAAAUAAAGUGCUUAAAUCCAAAAAGACGGCCAAGUUUAUAUUUGAUUGAAGAAAAAAAACUAUACUGUCUGACCGAGAAAAAAAAGUGUUAUGAUCAGAAAAAAAUAUAUUUCAAGUGCUGUUUGUUGUACUCAAGAGAAAAACAAUACAAAAAGAAAAUUUUGAAGACCGAAAAAAAAACUCAUCAAAGCGUAUCAAGUAACCGACCAUUAGUACGCAUUCGAUGAUUCUAUGACGAAUAUGUGAAAAUAGUGUGGUUGUUCGAUUGAAACGGUGUCGCUGGUUGGUCGAAAUCGAAGCGAAUAAAAAGAAAAAUGUCAAUGUGGAGAGCAGCGAUCGCAAAAGAACACAAUUGAAUUUGAUGUGGCAUGUGGGCAUAACCGUUGACCGACAAAUGAAAAUGUCACAUUACAACACUCUAUGGAAAUUGAAAUGCAUAAAUGAGCACAGAAAUCUGCUCGAUCAUCGGAACAGGUAGCGAAACGUAUUAGGCCCAAACCGACACACAACAUACAAUUUACACGAAUAAAAACACGUUGCCUAAAAUAUUGAAGGAAGUGAAACCGAUUACAGUUCUCAGUUUAUUAUUAGGAAUCGACUGACUUAAGUUAACAAACAUGAACAUAUCAGCAAAGUGACCACAACAAGUGCCUUGAAGUGUAAUACAGACUCAAAUUGAAACAUAUUUAUAGUGAACGCAUUGCAACGAACGCAAUACAAAAACAAAAACAAAACAGAAUUUAUUUUAAGAAAACAUAAAAUGGCAUAUCUUCCAAGUAUAAAAAUGAUGCCAACAUCAGUUGUAUUGUAUGCAUGGUAUAUUGUAAUCGUGAUUGUGAGCUUAUUUGCCACCGAACAUAUCAGCAACGCUCAGGCAUGGACGCAAGAUAUUGCACCAACACUUAAAAUCAAAUAUGAUCAAAAAUGGCCAGUAUUUUUCGGCAAUCAAUCCGAUUACUUCCAAAUUUUGGACCAGGACGAGAGUUCGGUAUUGAUUGGAGCACGAAAUGCGAUGUACAAUGUUAGUUUAAAGAAUUUACUGGAGAAUCAGUCUCAACGCUUGGAAUGGGAGUCAACUCCAGCCCAUCGUGAACUGUGCACAUUGAAGGGAAAACAAGAUUCAGACUGUCAGAACUAUAUACGUGUGUUUGCACGCAUUGAUGAUAACAAAAUAAUGGUUUGCGGUACUAAUUCAUAUAAGCCAUUGUGUCGCCGAUACAAAAAUGGCCAAAGUGUAUCCCUAGCCGCAUCAGCGUCACAUGAAGAUGACUCCGUUGAAAUGGAAGUAUCAACAACCAGUGAAAAUAGCACGGCUGCUUUGAGCUCAUCGACGGAAAUUGAGAUUGCAAAUGCAUCGAAAGGUUCAUUGGGCGAAACAUUCGAGAUGAUUGAAGAAUUCGAUGGACAAGGACGAUGCCCAUACAAUCCAACACAUAAUAGCUCAUACAUUUUCACAGACGGUCAAUUGUACUCUGCUACGGCUGCCGAUUUCUCCGGCGGAGACGCGCUAAUUUAUCGUGAAACCCAACGUACGGAACAAUUCAAUGCCAAACAAUUGAACCAACCGUCAUUUGUUAGCACUCUCGAACGCAACGGAUACGUAUUUUUCUUCUUCCGUGAAUUGGCUUUGGAAAAUUGCGGAAAGACUAUCUAUUCGAGAGUUGCUCGCGUGUGCAAAAAUGAUCGUGGUGGCCCAUCACCAUUCCGUGAACGUUGGACUUCGUAUCUGAAAACACGAUUGAAUUGCUCGACACCUGGGGAUUUUCCAUUUUACUUUGAUGAACUUCAGGGAACAACUAGCAUCAUCGAUGGCUUGUAUCAGACUGCUUUGAAUCAAAAGCAACAAAUCCGCAACUAUCACACCCACUCAAGAGCUGAAGACUCCGAGAAAUCUGGCCAAAAAGGCCUAAAGCCCAGUUCAUUGAUUUACGCUGUAUUUACAACGCCACAGAACGCAAUUCCUGGAUCAGCCGUAUGUGCCUUCCAAAUUGAUGACAUUAUCGAUACAUUUGAAGGAAAUUUCAAAGGUCAAAAGGAUGCAACAUCAAAUUGGUUGCCAAUUCCGCCGUCGGAAGUGCCAGAGCCUCGGCCAGGCAAGUGUGUCGAUGACAGCCGUGAUUUGCCGAUGCGAACGGUGAACUUUGUGAAGAUGCACACAUUGAUGGAAUCUUCAGUGCCAGCACUCUAUGGUCGGCCAGUACUAACACGAGUCACUUCAAAGCAUCGCUUCACAGCCAUCGCAACCGAUGCACAGGUGGAAGCAUUGAACGGAGAUAAAUACGAUAUCAUUUUCAUUGGCACCGACAACGGACACGUAAUCAAAUCCAUUCAUUACGUGCGUUCAGCUUCAAACGAUACGAAAACCAAUCAAAAUGGUUCCGGUGAACAGCAAGAAUCAGACGAAUCAACGCUAGAAACUGUUGUGAUUAGCGAAACACAAGCAUUUUCACGAAGUUUACCCGUAAAACAAAUGACAGUCACCAAAGAGCAGCAAUCCUUAGUCGUAAUUGGCACUGGCAUCAUCGUAUCAAUUCCAAUUCAUCAUUGUGGACACAAAGUGUCGUGCAGAGAGUGCUUGAAUUUACAAGAUCCAUAUUGUGUGUGGGACACAAAGAAUCAUGAAUGCACCUAUAUAGACACCGUAUCAUCGCACAAUCGCAUGAAUUUCCUCCAGAACAUUCGACAAUCGCGAAAGGAAACGAUCGAAAUGUGCGGCGAUGACAAUGAAAAUCGAAUUGACGCACCAGUUCCACUGGCGAAGGGUCGAAGUCUUUCGACCGGAAAUGCUGCCACCAAUUUGGUUACUGGUAGCGAGAAACCGGUUGCACAACCAAGCGUUUUAUCGACCCGAGGAACUGUUUCCUCAGUGGGCCGAGAGCCAGCCGAUCUGAACGAUAGCAAAAUACCAGACAACCGUGAAAAUGAAGUAGAACAUGCCAGUCAAAAUGGGCCGCAUGAUGGCUUUGGCGUCAGUGACAACGGCUUUGACAAUGACGACAGUGAAACCGGUGUGGUUGUGCCACGCAAUUUUGAUGCCGUUCAUUCGAGCAAUUCGAAUCAAAUGCGCUUGGCAAGUCCAAUAUUUGCAACGGUUGUUUUCAUCGUAUUUGCUGUUGGUUUGGCCUUCGGAUUCAUUAUGUCCAAGCGAUUCAAAUUCUCUCAGUCACCGUUCGAUAUUCUGCGCAGUGGAAGUGGUGGCAGUGGGAGUAGUCAUCAUCAUUUGAGCGAACAUCACCGAAAUCAAUUGAACUUUUACGACAAAUCAACCGGUGGCGGCCGAAAUGCAUCGAGCUGCAAAGAUGUCAACUUGCUGAUGAAUGUCAUGGGUCCAUACAUUGCAGCCGGUGGCCCGAACAAUGUCAACGGUCGAUCAACACUCACCAAUACGGGUUGCCAAACGCCAAACAAUCUCGACAAAAAAGAUAUUCUCGAACUCGAAUUCGAAACGAAGGAUCGAAGUCACGAGUGCAAAAAUUCCACCGAACACCUAGACAUAAACGAUUUGAAAGUGAAUGCCAACAAUAAUACAAAUUGUAACAAUCAGACUGCACCACAAGCUGUCAUUGUGAAUUCAACAAACACUGGGACACUGCAAAAAGUGAAGAAAACCUAUCUGUAGGCAAGAAAAAGAAAAUUUCAUAGAAAUGGUUACAUGUAAAUAGGGAAUGUUUUAUUAAAAACUCGAGUCGACUGUGCUUUAUGUGUGUAAUUUGGGAAUUUUUUUUGUCCCUCUGUAUUUGUAAUUUUAUACAUUUUAUUGUAUUCAAUGCAUUCUUGUUUAUUGGAAACCAUCAUUUUGGGGGUAGUAAAAAGAAAAAGAGAAAUUCGUGCAUAUGUUAAUUAUGCCACACAAAAGCACCACCGAUUCCAUGUCAUACACCUUAAAUUAAUUCACAAUGCAGCAACAACGUGCAGUGUCGUGCCAUUCAUAUAGCAAAUGGUGUAUAAAUUCAAUGAUUUCCUUUCCACCUGACAUACGAACUAAAACAAGGUUCGCGUUAAUUUUCCAUUUAGAUAGAAAACCCAUACACACACAAAAUUAGUCAUGGGAUAUGUCGACCUAAAACAUAAUUUGUUUUUUUUUAUGUUUUUUUUGUCGUGAGUGCGACGGCAUUUUGAAUGCGAUGAUAUUUAAAAUGACAUUCGGCACAUGACCAUCACCACAGAUUAUCCGCGCAAGAAUCCACAAAAUUGAAAGAAAAAUGCGACGAGAUUGAAUUUUAAUUCAAUUUUGAUUUUCUAACGAUUGAUCCCAACGAUGUGCAUUGUACGGAAAUGAAUAUUUAAAUCAAUAAACGAACUGAGUCGCUUCGUUUUGCACUCGAACGCUUUGUGAUAAAUAAUAUGUUAGAAUUUGUUAGACGAAAAGUCACAGCUAUUCGUACGCAAUUGCUUGAGAGCAAGCACAAAAUUGGCUUGAUGAUCUUUUGGUCGAGAUAUGGAUUUUUGACGCACGCAGAAUGGCAAACAAAUCGUAUCGAUUAACACUGAAAAUGAGAAUGAUUUUGGAUGAAACUGUGAAAAUUUGUUUCGUCUUUUUAAAUGGAAUCUGUUUCAUUUACACUCACAUACACACUUGCAUACACUUCAUUCCAUUUUGAUCUUGGUGCAACCAAAAAAAAUCGCAAAUGUUUGUAAUCGAAGUUUUAUUUUAUUCUAGAGCUGAGAAGAAAGGAAAGGGAAAAAAAAUCAUGAAAAAAGUUAUACGAAACAAUAAUUAUUUGAAUAGCUUAUCUCAAUGUAAGAGAAAUUCUAUCUAUAUCUUCGAAUAAUCAAAUUUAGAUAUAAAAAUAUGUAGGAAAAUUCGAUUGAUCCAUUAAGCACAAAGUCAUUAAACCACCAGCAUCGCGCAGUUAAGUUAUACACGAAUUCACAGUCCGAUUUUUCUCGGUCGGUCAUUCGUUUGACCGUCAUUCGACCACAAAUGUAUUGUUAUUGUUCGUGUUCACCAACCACUCUCUCAUACUCAAUCGGAACAGGUUCAAAGUCAAACGAACUAAUUUGGUACUCGAAUGCAUGCAAACAACACAUGAAUGCUGGUUUUCUGCGGAAAAGAAAAGAAAAAAAAAAUUAUCAUGAACAACAAACAUAUUUUAUUUAAAAUGUCGUUUAUUUUAAAAACGAAGCUACUAUAAUAUAUAUAAAUACAUCUAACUGACUUUAAUAUUAAAUGAUAAUGUAAAUUAAAUUAGCUUAAAUGGAAUCAACAUAAAAUAGAUAAGCAUGAACAAAACGAAAUUAGUAAA